UGGACCAUCAUGAAGAGCACCCCGAAGAGGAACUUGAAGACAAUGCAGACGAAGGUAUCAAUUUAGAAGAGGCUUGUAAUGAAGAUCUUACAACAAAGAAGAAGAAAAGUAGGUAGACUAAGGGGAUAGUGCGAUUGGCAAAAAUAAUUGCUGACAAGAUCAAAGGGAUUAAGAUAAAUUUAAGGUUUAACAAGAGAGGGCAAUCAAUUGGAACUCCGGAGAGAGCGUUACAAUGCUAUUUGGGGAUGCAAGCAAAGUCAAUGGUGUCAAUUACAUAUGAUAAUUGGCAUGAUGUUCCUGCUGCAACUUUAGAGAAUGUUUGGAAAGAUGUAAAUCUAGCUUUUCAUCUUAAUGAGGGAAUGAGAAAGGAAGUGAUGAGUUCAGUAGGCAUCAAGUGGAGGACAUUCAAAACAUUUUUUACUAGAAGAUUUGUAGCUCCUUACCUUAACAACCAAGAUUUAUUGGAAGCAAAUCCCACUGCAUUAGAUGUGCCUCCAAAAAGAUAUAACAUUCCUGAGGAGGAAUGGAAAAACUUCGUCACCAAAAGAAAAAGUAAAGAAUUUCAAGAAUUUAGUAAAAAACAAAAAGAGAGGUGUGCUGCUUUGGAGUAUCCUCAUCGUUCAUCACAACACAGUUAUAAAGAAAUAGAAAUUGACCUUGUAAGUGAGCUUUUACUAUUGAUUUUAAUUUUUGUAGUGUAG